CAGCCCAAUGUGUUGAGAUUAAUAUUACAUGCUAGCCAUGGUUUGAUAGCAGCCUCAGGUUACGCGUCGAGUGGGAAAACGAGGCGCCUCGACCUCCCAAAACGGGACCGAGCCUCGGCCCAGCAUUGAAUCUCGCCGAGAUGCAUUCGAGGCAAAGCAUCAUCACAUAAAACCCAUUCAACGCCCCGGACACGCCGAGACUCGGACAUUCUUCAGACUCUUCGUUUCUUCUGCUCUUACUACUGUCUCUCAUUGUAGAUCAUCGGCUUACAAUAUGUACAAAACACUCUCAUCACGCGCCGCGCGGCGACUGGCCCAACGGUCGCCUGUAUCACAGCUUUCUCGUCGCUCUGUCGCUACAUUUGACUGGAAGGACCCCUUGGGUGCCCAGGGCCUCUACACCGAGGAGGAGACGGCGAUUGCGGAGACGGCCGAGCAGUACUGCCAGGAAAAGCUACUUCCUCGAGUUCUCGAGGCAUACCGAAAAGAAGAGUACGACAAGCGCAUCCUGGAAGAAAUGGGCGAGCUAGGCUUCCUCGGUUCCUCCAUCCAAGGCUAUGGCUGUGCCGGCGUAUCGUCCGUUGCCACCGGCCUCAUCACCCGCGCCGUCGAGCGCGUGGACUCCGGCUACCGCUCCGGAUUCAGCGUGCAGUCCAGUCUGGCCAUGGGCGGCAUCGCAGAGUUCGGCAGCGAGGAGCAGAAGGAGAAGUUCCUGCCGCCUAUGGCGCAGGGCAAAAUGGUAGGGUGUUUUGGCCUUACGGAGCCCAAUCACGGCAGCGACCCGGGCAGCAUGGAGAGUGUGGCGAAGCCGCAUCCGAGCAAGGAAGGGUACUACAGCCUGUCUGGGACGAAGACGUGGAUCACCAACUCCCCCAUUGCGGACGUGUUGCUGGUGUGGGCGAAGCUGCAGGAAACGGGCAAGAUCCGCGGCUUCUUGAUUGAGCGUUCGCAGUGUCCACCCGGCACGCUGGAGACGCCGAAGAUUGGCGACAAGAACGGGCUGCGCGCCAGUAUCACGGGGAUGAUUCAGAUGGACGAAGUGCCCGUGCCGAAGGAGAUGAUGUUCCCCGAAGUGCAGGGAUUGAAGGGCCCGUUUUCCUGCUUGAACAACGCGCGGUACGGAAUUGCGUGGGGCGUGAUUGGAGCGCUGGAGGAUGCGAUCUCACGGGCGCGCGAGUACGCGUUGGAGCGGAAGCAGUUCAAGGGCAACCCGAUUGCCAAGUACCAGCUGGUGCAGAAGAAGCUGGCGGAUGCGAGCACCGAUGCGGCGUAUGGUAUCAUGGCGGCGUACCAGGUCGGCCGACUGAAGGACGAGGGCAAGCAUGCGCCUGAGAUGAUUUCGAUGAUCAAGAGGCAGAACUGUGAUCGAGCAUUGAUCGGGGCGAGGAAUCUUCAGGAGAUUUUCGGAGGCAAUGCGGCGAGUGAUGAGUAUCAUAUUGGACGGCACGUCUCCAAUCUUUUUGUCACGCAAACGUACGAGGGACAAAGCGAUAUUCACUCGUUGAUUCUGGGCCGGGCCAUUACUGGUAUUCAAGCAUUCGUGUAAGGAAGUUGGGAGGCACAUUUCUGGUUUGGCGGGAUACAAAACGGUAGUACGAUUGGCGUUGGGAAGUCGCAUGACGGUGUAUAGAGAUUGUUGGUGUAGAGUGAGCGGGCAACUGGCCGUACCUUUCUGUCUUCAUCUGAUGUCCUUCUGUUUCCAUCGAAUGGUGAAUCACGUAAGCUUCCGGCAUGCAUCGAAGUUUCGACGGCUCAUGCAUGUCAAUCAAAU